GAUGGAGCAAAAUCAUCGUCAUCCGUCAAUGAUCGUUAUUUUCAUCGUCGUCGUCGUCGCUCGCGGACGAAGCAAAAGCUAUUUUUUCAGCCUUCAUUAGCGUUUCCCAAGACGUGUUUUAGUGGGUGAAAAGUUGUAGAUUUUACAACGAAAAGUUCUCCAAUUCGAUGGUAAAGUGUUGAAAAGCCGAAUCGUAGUAAAUUGGUGGCAUUCCGGAAGUGAAACGACGCGUAAAACCUUCGGUCGUACCUGCUGGGGUUGUGGUGCUGCUGCUACCUGACUGCACGCCAUAAUAGAUUGUGAAAAGAUGGAUGCGAACCAUUAGGAAAGAGUGACCUUUUUCCGUCGUGUCGUCCGACGAUCGCAGAAGUGAUUUGCGUUCCGCGUUGCUAGUGGAUCAGUUGGGUAAUAAUCUGGACUGUGGACAAGAUUGGUGACGGGGAUCUGUUUGGGAUCAAGAGUGCAUUCGUAAGUGAAAGUGCAUCGUCCUUUGUUGUCUGGCUGUUUUCUUUUUUUUUUCGAACCCGUCCGUCCAUCAUCGUCAUCGUGAGUCUGGAGUGCGCGGCGGGUGAUUGACAGCAAAAGAAGAAAAAAUCGAGAGGAAAAAGAUUGCGACGAUCAGCAUCAUCAUCGUCAUCAUUGCGGUGUGAAAUCAAAACAAAGGCGCAUUUUUUUGGCCCUUGUUGUUGGUGCUAUUUACUUUCCGUGAGUGGGUGGCAAAUCGCGCUGCUUGGGAAGCAGCUGAUAGGUAGUGCACCGGAGAGAAGCAAGAAUGGAAUCCUGCGCUGCAGUCGAGAAGGAAGUCGACAAAGUCAUCACGAAAUUCUCCGCCAUCAAUGAUCACUCACAGCGCAUCAUUGGGGACGUUAUCGUCCUGAUUGAGAAGCUGCGGUCUUCUAUCGAGGAAGUUCCAGCCGACGAACAGCUCACACCCGGCCAGAUAGAGGUUCUGCACGAUGCCAUCACAAAAACCAAAGACAAACUUCAGCGCUUGACAACGGAACACCGGGAUCUGCAUGGAACCGUCAGCAAGGUGGGCAAGGCGAUCGAUCGCAACUUCGUAGCGGACUUUACUGCCACUUCGCGCAAUGAUGUCUUCCAAACGGAACGGAACGUGACCUUGCUGAACAAAGUUAUGGCCCAGCAUUUCUACCGCCAGGGUAUGGACGAUGUGGCCCAUGCAUUGAUCAAAGAAUCCGGUCUUCCGGCCGAAGAAAUCACUCCGGAACCGUACGCCGAGCUGCACCGAAUAUGGGAAGCUAUCCACAAUCACAAUCUGGCGCCAGCUCUGGAAUGGGCCGCUCGGUACUCGAACAAACUGGACGCCCGCAACAGCAGCCUGGAAUUCAAACUACACCGAUUGGCAUUUAUGCAGAUUCUGAACGGCGGAAUCAACGCCCAGACCGAGGCGAUCACCUACGCCCGUACCAAUUUCUCCAAGUUUGUCAAGCGCUACGAAAAGGAAAUCCAGAUACUGAUGGGAACGUUGAUCUAUCUUCCGAUUGGCAUCCAGAACUCGCCCUACAAGUAUCUGACCGCGCCGGAAAUGUGGAUCGAAGCCGCCGAUGUGUUCCUCAAGGAUGCCUGCUCGCUGCUCGGCAUCAACAAAGACUCGCCACUGUCGGUGAUUGUGAACGCGGGCUGCACUGCCCUGCCGGCGUUGCUCAAUCUCAAACAGGUCAUGAUGUCGCGCCAGGUCACCGGUAUCUGGAGCGGUCGGGACGAACUGCCGAUUGAAAUCGAUCUCGAUCCGGAAAAUCGUUUCCACUCGAUUUUUGCCUGUCCGAUUCUGCGACAGCAGAGCUCCGACGAUAAUCCACCGAUGAAGUUGAUAUGCGGUCACGUCAUUUCACGUGACGCCCUGAGCAAGCUCAGCAACGGGCCAAUAAUGAACAAUACUUUCAGAUUGAAGUGCCCCUACUGCCCGAUGGAGCAGUGCCCGUCCGAGGCGAAGCUGAUCUACUUCUAACCAGGUGGACCGGCAUGGGAACAACCCGAGAUGCAUGCAUGCGCCGCUACGAACUGAACUGAUGGAUGCCAGUGUGUGAACACUUCUACUAUUACAACUACAACUACACAAAAAAGGUUGGUGUAACACAUGGGCGAAAUAUUAUUUGAAACCAGUUUUUUUUUAUUUGUUAUAAACUCCACUAUCCAUUACGAGUCAUCACAUCGCAAUAGUUAAAUAUCAGUCUUCUGAAGUCGUAAUUCUUACAAUCGUGCUGAAGGAAUCUUAUGCGAAACGGCUUUAUGCCGAAAGAAGGUAGCCUUAAGCCAAGCUCUGGUAUCCGCAACAAAAUAGUUAUCAAAUCUUUCCGACAUUUUUUUCAAACCGUUCUGACGAAAAGUUUUUAACUUUGAUUAAAUUUAAAUUAUAGAAAUCGAAUCAUUGGCAUAAAAGCUGUUUGGCAUAAAAUAGAGAACAGAAAAAUCUAGAAUGAACCUUUAUGCCAAAACUGGAUAACGUUUAUGCAUUAUUAUGGGAAGAAAAUGGAAAGAAUAUUUUGAUUAGAACUGCAAGCUAAGAAGAACGAGAAGGGAAAGUGUUCAAUCAAAACGAGCGUGAAUCAGAUUGACUAGAAGCAGUAAAUUCAAAGGCACUGCACUGAAAUGUGUCAAAACACAAAUUGUUUUAGUGAAGUAUCCUAUCCUUGAUCAUUAAUGUCAUUUAUUGUUAAACAUAUAAGUUCAUCGCGCUAUUGAAUAUGAUUUAUACAUGCCGACGCAAGUCGUUAGAGAACAGAUCAUUUUAUUUUCAAUCCUAUUUUUGUUUGUUUUUGUUUGAUAAAUAAAUUCUACAAUAAUAUUAUAAGGAAAACUGAUUAUAUGCAAUCGUUAUUGCGUUUCGCUUGUAACCGUUAUCAUCGGCGUAUCACUAUUACUGAAAGUGUGAAUGUUUUGUGUGGCAAAAGUGUCCGAAAGGGUGUAGGUAUUAGGAAAUAUAAAGUUAAAAACAGAAUAAUAUUAGAAGGUGUUUAAUCAACUUGAAUUGCGGUUUUUAAUUCGUUUGACAAAUAUAAUGAAAUUAAACUACAUAAACAAUUAGCGUCGAAAAAAAAAUAAGCUCUUAAACUUAUGAAAUUAUACACAUUUUUACACAAAAACACAGACUAUACUGAGAUAGCAUGGCGUGUACGCGCGCAGUGUUUGAAUGGAUAAUAAAAAGCAGGGAAUGAUUUCGAACUGUCCCCAGCAUACGGAACGUCUUCGGUAGGAAACAGAACGGAGUUGUAUAUAGGAAAUCUAUGAUGAUAAAAAGGCAAAAUAUAUGCGGAAAAGUCAAUAAAAC